GCAUUUUGGUGUUAGCACCUUAUUCCUGUACUAAAGAUUUACGAAGCAAUCAAGGUAAAUACAUCAUUUAUCAUUUUUCAUUACAUAUCAACAUUCUAAUGAUUAAGUUAUUAGUCUAUAUUGAAAAAAUAACAAAUUAUUUCCUAAUCUAAUUGAACCUCCCCAGAAAGAUCAGAUCAAUUCACAAUUAAUACUGUCACUAUUUUGCAAAGGCGGAAAAUAUUUUCCUCUGUAAAAACCCUCUCUCAAGUUUUCUACACACCAAGAAAUAAUAAUAAAUAAAUAAAUUUCCUUUAUUUUAAGACACACGGAGUAAUUUCUCCGCCGAUGAAUCCGACCGGUGAAUCGGAACCCUAGCAGGCCCAUUUUUCGAGGUGGUAGGUAUCCCGUGGAUUUAGUUGAGGUGUGCGAAAGCUGGCGUGGACACCACUGUUAUCAAAACUAAAAAGAGCUUGCUUCGACUAUUUUUUUUUUCAUCAAAGCUUGCUCCACUAUUAUCCAAGGCAGUAGCGACUUGUUAGGUGACGUUGGCAAUUGAACUAGUUUGAUUAUCUCACGUAGCUGAGGUAAAAUUUUCUAUAUAAGCAAGGUUGCCGACUCAUGGAACUUAGAGAUUCAUCUCCAAAGCCAGUAUUUUCAACUUCUGAUUGCGACAGUGAUCCCGAGGAGAAAGAAAUUAGUGAUGACGAUGACCGUAAUCAUAAGCAUCGUAGAAGGGAAACACGUUCACAGUCUGCAGACACAGAAGCUCUUGAACCAGUUUUAAGUAGACCAUUCAGGAAAAGGAACAAGCCGUUUGAAAAUGGGCGUCCAUACCAGGAAGGAGAUUCUCACUGGAGUGAUACUAGGUUUGGUAAAAGACGAGGAAUGGGUUCUUUUAAUAGGACACCUUCAGAUUCAUAUCAGAGAAUGAGGCCAAAUCAGUCCCUUUCUGGACCUGCUGGUCCUGGUAGAGGUCGAGGAAGAGGAUCUGGUUCUUGGGGUCCCUGUGAAUCUAGGUUCAGCUCUAUUGAUAUGGCAUCUCAGUUGGUGCCACCUCUUCUUUAUACUGGAAGGGGGCUGCAAAAUGUGUCUGGUGGACAGAGUUCGCCUUGGAAUGCAUUUGGAAUGGUUCCAGGAAUACCCAAUGGUGGUCUUCCUGCCAUGAGUAUGGUAAUUCCAAGGCAAAUGUGUAGAGACUUCGAGGAGCGUGGAUUUUGCCUAAGAGGAGAUAUGUGCCCACUGGAGCAUGGAAUAAAUCGUAUCGUUGUUGAAGAUGUUCAGAGCCUUUCUCAGUUUAAUCUUCCUGUUUCACUUCCCAUUGCUCCUAUGAUGGCACCAAAUACUUCACAAGGAUCUUUACCUGCAAUAGGCCCCUCUAGCUCAUCAGUUACUGGAAAAACUUUACAUAGCAAAAGUAUCCACCCUCUGGUGAUUGACGGUGGAUUAGGUAUGACUGAUACUUUUGGUGGUAGUUCUGUGGCUGGGGGAUCUGAUUUGUAUGAUCCUGAUCAGCCUUUAUGGUCAAAUGAUCAUCCUGCAACCUCAAGAGCACUCUUGGAUGUAAAGCAGUCUAAAAUUGAUGGCAUGGGACUUUUGCUGAAUGCGGACUCGUCUGAUCAUAAUCAGGUUGGGCUUUAUGAUGGCUGUAAACUUGAGCGUCUAGAUAGAGGUGCUGGAGCAGCUUCAGGAUCUCAAAGUGUGUGGGGAAGAAUUAGUAGUUCGAAAAAUAAGUUUGAACCAUUUAGCAGCACUAAGGGUGUAACCCGUCAUGGUAAGCAAACAAAUGUAGAUACCAUAAACCCGCAAAUGUUGGAAUCAUCUUCAGAGCCCCAAAUUGGUUCUGGACGCAAUAUGCGGAACCCAUCUCAAAAGGCACUUCGUUCUCUAUUUAUAAGAGGGAUUCCUCAAAAAGACAACAAACCAGAAGCUCUUCAUUCACAUUUUCAAAAAUUCGGGGAAGUUAUUGACAUCUACAUCCCAGCAAAAGGUGAACAAGCUUUUGUUCAAUUUUCUAAGAGGGAAGAAGCUGAGGCUGCUUUAAAAGCACCAGAUGCAGUGAUGGGAAACCGCUUUAUAAAGCUUUUCUGGGCAAACAGGGAUAGCAUUAUGGAUGAUGGAGUAAAUGGUGGUAGUUAUUUUCCCCGCAGUGAGACCCCUAGUACAGUUCUACCCCAUUUAUCUGUUCCUCAUAAAAGAAAAGACAAUCUGCAGACUGUAGCCCCCAAAACUGCUGAAAAUGGUGUUGUUCCAGUUGCCACCUCUGUUCUGCCCAAGCCUGUGGCUAAGAAUGGUCCCAAAACUACACCACCUUUGCAAAAAAAGCUGGGAGCUCUAGAACUUCUGAAGGAAGAAAUGCGCAAGAAGCAGGAAAUGCUUGAGCAAAAGCGGAAUGAGUUCCGACACAAGUUGGAUAAACUUGAGAAGCAAGCUGUGGGUGUGAAAGAUGAGGUAGUGCCAGAUCAGGCUGUGAAGAAACCAAAGGGAGGAGGAACAAGUUCCAACUCUGGUGAAGUGGAAAAUUCAGGCCCCGCAGAACCUAGCAAUGCUGUGUCAUCACCACAUUCUGAAGCAACACCGUUUAGUAGCAGAUCUACUGAGAAUGCCGAGCCCGGUUGUUCUAAAUCAUCUUCGAUUGUUGCAGCACAGGAAGCUUCAAACUUGAAGCAGUCAAUCCGUCCAUUGGCACCAGUUGGCGCACCGUUUAUCUUAAAUAGAUACAAACUAGAUAAUCGACCCACCGCAUUCAAGAUCCUUCCACCACUGCCAAGUGGUCUGGCAAAUGUUGACAUCCUGAAGGAACACUUCUCUACAUUUGGUGAUCUUCCUUCUGUUGAGCUGGAAGAUUUGGAACCUCAAGAUUGUAAUAGUGGCUCAGAGGUGCAAAAUACAUCUGCUAGGAUAUCUUUCCGAUCACGUCGGUCUGCUGAAAGAGCAUAUCUGAAUGGUAAAUGCUGGCAAGACCAAACUCUGCACUUUAUGUGGUUGCAAUCCAGUAAUUCUGCAAAGGAUCUUGGCGUUGGAGAAAAUGUAACUCCAACUUCAAAGCAGCCUUCAGAUGCUGGAGAAAAUGUGACUCCAGCUUCAAAGCAGCCUUCAGUUGCUAACGGGCAAUCCAUUGCAAACAAUUGUCUGGGUGGUUCCGAGGAAGGAAGCGGAGCAGGGAGUGGUGAACCUGAAGAACAAGAAAGAAGAGGAGAUGAAUGAAGAUCCAAGUCACACUCAAUUCUGCUGUCUGGUUAACAGUUAGCUCAAUGUGAUUGAUCAUGAUGAUGGCCUAAUUUUCAGAGUUGUACAUUUAGGUAAAUUUCAGAUCUUUUAUAUGUAAUUUCAGGAGUUUUAGCGGUUUGAAAAAUCUCUGUUCCAAUUUUGCUUUCACAUUAUCUGCAAAUGUAAAGAGGACUUUCUGAUUUUAGACCAUACAUUGGUCCUUUUGGUUAGCUGUACUGAAUUCAUUUUAGUCACUGAAAACUCACAGUGCCCAGGAUAUACUGUAGCUCUGAAAAAAAUUGCAGAUGAAAUGGUUCCUUUCGUGGUGUUUUAUUUGUUUCAA